GCACCCAUUACUAUUUUCUAUAUUGGUGGGUAUAUAUGUUAGGUAGUGUUGAUUUAUCUUCAUGAAAAGCGCCCGUUAUAAAUUUUGUCUUUAUUCUCUUAAUCAGAAACGCAAUUUCUUUAUGGUUAUCAUGAUAAUGCGAAGGUAUUAGGUAAUAUCAUCAAGAAAUCUAAACGCAACUACAAAUUCAUUUCCAAAAUGGAUUCAGAGAACACUGAAGCAACGUCAAUAAGAACAAGUCUGAGAGGACUCGUUCUCCCGAAGUGCUUUGGGAAGAAAAAGAAGAAUACAAAGAACACCAGUAAUAACUACAAUAAAAUGGAUAACAUAGCUAGCAUAUGGAGACAACUGAGCGGCCAAAACAACUGGAAAGACCUAUUGGACCCUCUCAACAUCGAUCUUCGGCGAUACAUAAUUCACUAUGGAGAAAUGGCUCAAGCUUCGUACGAUGCUUUCGACACUGAAAAGGCAUCGAAAUUCGCAGGCAGCAGCCGGUUCGGGAGGAAGAACUUUUUUGACAAGGUUGGGCUGGUGAAAGGGACUCCUUUCAAUAAGUACAGAGUGACCAAGUUCUUUUAUGCGACUUCUCAUGUGGAUGUGCCUGAUGCGUUUCUGAUAAGGUCUCUGUCUAGAGAGGCUUGGAGCAAGGAGUCAAAUUGGAUGGGGUACGUGGCUGUGGCCACAGAUGAAGGAAAGGCUGCACUUGGGAGAAGGGAUAUUGUGAUUUCUUGGAGAGGUACGGUUCAGACAUUGGAGUGGAUUAAUGAUUUUGAGUUUAAUUUGAUUUCGGCUUCAAAGAUUCUUGGGAAUCAUGAUGGUGAUCCUAAGGUUCACCAAGGAUGGUACUCCAUCUAUACUUCUGAUGAUCCUCGUUCCAAGUUCAAUCAAAUUAGUGCGAGAGAACAGGUUCUUAGUGAGAUAAGAAGACUAAUCGAUCUAUAUAAGAACGAAGAAACCAGCAUAACGAUCACCGGCCAUAGCUUGGGCGCUGCAAUUGCCACUCUAAACGCAGUAGAUAUAUUGGCCAACGGAUACAACAAACCGACAGUAAUUUCUAAUCACGAUCACAAGUGGAACACCAACACAGCAACAUGUCCGGUCACCGUCUUUGUCUUCGCCAGCCCUCGAGUGGGUGACAACGAUUUUAAGAAGCUUUUUUCAUCGUUUAACGAUCUACGAGCCUUGAAAAUCAGAAACGCGGCAGAUAUUGUCCCGAACUAUCCCUUUAUUGGGUAUUCGGAUGUGGGAAAAGAGCUAGUGAUAGACACUCGAAAGUCUAAGUACCUUAAGAGCCCUGGAAGCAUUUCGAGCUGGCACAAUUUGGAGGGCCAUUUGCAUGGAGUUGCAGGCACGCAAGGGAGCAAAAGCGGUUUUAAGUUGGAAAUUAACAGAGAUAUUUCUUUGUUGAACAAGAGUAUGGAUGGGUUAAAAGAAGAGUACCUUGUGCCAAUUUCAUGGCGGUGUGAGAAAAACAAAGGAAUGGUUCAACAAGAUGAUGGUUCUUGGAGGUUGAUGGAUCAUGAGGACGAAGAUGAUUGAUAAUUUUCUUUUUCUUCUUUUCCAAUAAUUAAUAAUAUUGUUCAUUAUAUUUUAAUUAAACUCUUUAAUUUGUUUACUAUAGCGAUCAACUAAAAUUAAAUAUUAUAUAUAUGCUGAUGGAUUUGGAUAAA